GCCGGAACCGCUUCGUUUGAAGCAUUGAAGUCCUGGGACGUAGCGACGCCCCCAGAACCGAUACUAACCACCAAGUGAUAAACUUGCAGUUUUUUGGCCAGUGGAACCAGCAGUGCAGUCAAGAUGGUGUACAACUUUAAAGUGUUCAAAAAGUGCGCGCCCAACGGCAAGAUCACCCUCUACAUGGCCAAGCGGGACUUCAUCGACCACAUCUCAUACGUGGAGCCGAUAGACGGCGUGGUGCUGCUGGACGAGGAGUACGUGCGCGGGCGCAAGGUGUUCGGGCAGGUGGUGUGCACGUUCCGCUACGGCCGCGAGGAGGACGAGGUCAUGGGGCUUAACUUCUACAAGGAGCUGUUCCUCGCCUCCGAGCAGAUCUACCCGCCGCCCGAGAAGAGGCCCUACGAACUCUCCAAGACGCAGGAGCGUUUGAUAAAGAAGCUGGGGUCGGGCGCGGUGGCGUUCCGGCUGGCGGUGCCGGCGGGCGCGCCCGGCUCCGUCACGCUGCAGCCGGGGCUGGAGGACGAGGGCGAGCCCUGCGGCGUGCACUACUACGUCAAGCUCUUCGUGGGCGACUCCGAGAUCGACCGCUCGCACAGACGGAGCACGGUGGCGCUGGGCAUCCGCAAGGUGCAGUUCGCGCCGGCCAAGGCGGGCCCGCAGCCCUGCACGGUGGUGCGCAAGGACUUCGUGCUGUCGCCGGGGCAGCUCGAGCUCGAGCUCACGCUGGACAAGCAGCUGUACAUGCACGGGGAGACGGUGGCGGUGAACAUGUGCGUGCGCAACCACAGUAACAAGGUGGUGAAGAAGAUCAAGGCCAGCAUCCAGCAGGGCGUGGACGUGGUGCUGUUCCAGAACGGCCAGUACCGCAACGUCGUCGCCAGCGUCGAAACGCAGGACGGCUGCCCGCUGCAGCCGGGCUCCAGCCUGCAGAAGGUGCUGCACCUGACGCCGGCGCUGGCCAGCAACCGCGACAAGCGCGGCAUCGCGCUGGACGGCCAGCUCAAGCGCGCCGACACCACGCUCGCCUCCACCACUUUAUUGCUGGACCCGGACCAGCGCGACGCGUUCGGCAUCGUGGUGAGCUACAGCGCGAAGGUGAAGCUGUACCUGGGCGCGCUGAGCGGCGAGCUGGUGGCCGAGCUGCCCUUCAUCCUCAUGCACCCCAAGGAGGGGCGCGCCAAGAUCAUCCACGCCGACAGCCAGGCCGACGUGGAGAUGUUCCGCCAGGACACCGUCCACCACCAAGAGAGCGUCGAGGUGUACUAGCUCCGCGUCGCCGCCGCCGCCGCUGCCGCCGCCGCGCGCGCGUGUCCUAUCAUUACCUCAAGAGUAUUCAAUUUCUAAACGCAGAAGCGUAUAUUAUUUUGUGCUAAUAUAAUAAGCUGUCGAUAUUUCAUAGGUUAGUUUGAUGUCUGAAAAAGGAAUGCCAAUUGCUAAGAAUAAUUUUAUUCAUUCAUUACUUAUAACAGAUUUGAAUGAAGAAAGACGUAAAUAGGUACCUACCUAUCUAGAUGUGCAUGUGGAUUGAGUGAUCCUUGCUUCAAUCUUAACAAAAAUCUAGGAAGGUUUAGUUAAAAUAUGUUAAAAACAUUGCAUUGCGUUGAAGUAAAAAAUAGAAUAGAAUUUUUUGUAUCUGUGUCUUGCUUCAAUUAAAUAAUUAAAAUAAAUUCUAAACAGGUGUAAGUAACAAAGUUAAAAGUCUUUCUGUAUUUUGUAGGUGAAUGGCCCACAGUUUUAUGCUGGAUUUCUAUAAUCAAUCCUAAUCCAAAUUGGACGGAUUUGGACAGUCAACUGUCAAAUUUUAAUAUGUUUUUGGCCAAAAUAUCUGCGGUUUUUGAUGUUUUUACAUUUUUAUAUUGUUUAUAAGACUAUUUAAACAAUAUUAAAGUGUAAAUGGAUCGAAUAUUUUGGAAAUAUAAUCUAAAACUGAAUUCAAUUUGACAGUUCUAAUCCGGAUUUGGACAAGGAUUGAAUAUAUAGGAAACGGGCGUUAGCUAGGUACCCAUUUCCGGUCAUGUUGUCUUGUUCUAUCGCAAAGAAUCACCGUUUGAUGAGAGCGAGAGAAAAAAACGGAAAUAGGUAGCUGGAAAUGUGGGCUAAAGUUUCGUUUCAUUUCAAACCAUUACAAAAGUAGGUAGUUGAAGAUUAUUAAAUUUUAUCGAAUCAAGAAUUUAAAAAAUAAUUUAUACAACAUGCUUAAAAAAACUUAUCUAAACUUGUACUUUAUAAAUAAAGGUUUAUUUAUCAAA